AUGGACGAUAAAAGGAAAAUUCAGAAAAUCAAAGUCAUUGAAGAAAUUAAUACCAUAAGGAAGUCGUUAGAUGAUUACUUGAAUAGAUUAGAACAACAGAUUCGUGCUGACCUUGAGUCUAAAUACUCGAAACUAGAAUCUAAAUUGAACACUCUUGUUAAACAAAUUGAACAUCGUUCAGUUAAAAUACACGAACUUCAAGACGACUUUUCAAAAAUGACACGCUAUGCCACUGAGCUACAAAUGUAUGUUGGUUUAAGAAAAAUGGAGAAAACAACAUCUGAAGCAACCAAAUACAUAGAAGGUUUAAAUAAUAGUGAUGACUUGAAGGAAAUCAACUUGGACAUAAAAAUGUCGUCUGCUCUUCAGUCAAUCUUGCAAGAUGUCAAAUCAUUUGGAGAUAUCAAUAUCACUGCUAGCCGCUCAACUGUCAAAAUCAAAGCCGGAAGAGAAGACCAAGCACAGUUAGUUAAUACUUUUCCUGGUAUUGAACAAAUUAAACCAUUUUUACUUAAACCAGUGACAAUGCCUGAGAAAAUUGGUCGUGUAGAUAUAUUUGCCUGUAGUUUAUUACCUGACCGUAAAAUUCUAAUUCUUGAUAACAGAGGACAAAGGAUACUACUGUUCAGUAAUGACGGUAUCUUUAUGAGAACUGUAUUGACAUUCAAAGACCCUCCAUACGAUCUUUGCUCUAUUAGAAAUAAUAUAGUAGCCAUCUCAUUUGGAACAUUAAAGCUGUUAACACUAAUUGAUAUAGACAAAAACAAAAUAAUCAAAAGAAUAAAACUUUCACGAAGUAGUUAUGGAGUAGCAAGUGACAGUCACAUUUUAGUCAUCACCAGUGGUACUCUUGAUAAGAAAUGCACAAUAUUAAAUCUGAAAGAUAUGUCUAAAGAAAUCUUAGAAGGAGUUGAAGGACAUUAUAUUUCCUUAUUCAAUGGAAACAUUUACUGCACGCAAGCGAAAGAACACAAAGUUAGUUGUUACACAAGGACUGGAGAACAUCUGUGGUCAUUUUUACACAAUGAUAUCAAAAAUCCAUAUGGACUUGCAUUAGACAUCAAUGGCUUUAUUUAUGUUGCCUCAAAUGAAACUAAUAAAAUCGUAGUAGUGUCGCCAGACGGAAAAACAAGUAAAACAAUCCUAUCAGAAUCUGAUGGAAUGUUCACCCCUUUUGGUAUAGAUAUACACAGAGACACAGGAUUGAUGGUGGUUCCAUUCACAACAAACAAUGGAAGCCCUAAUAUUUGUGUUUUUAUACUAGCAAAUACGUAG